AUGAGCGAACUUCCAUUUCUCACCCCUGUGGAGUCCCGGGAGCUCCAAGUACACAGAGGCUCCUGGAGCUCCCUAAAGGGGCUUCCUGCAGCUGCUUCAACAUCUCGACACAGCCUGGGCGUUUUCCAUUCCUCCUACAGUGUUAGCUAUCACGUGGGACCCUGGUGGGACAUCGCAUCUUGUCAAAAGAAGUGGACCAGGCAGAUCCUCAAAGACAUCUCCUUGUACAUCGAGAGUGGGCAGAUCAUGUGCAUCUUAGGGAGCUCAGGCUCGGGGAAAACCACGCUGCUGGAUGCCAUGUCCGGGAGGCUGGGGAGCACGGGGACCCUGCUGGGGGAGGUGUUUGUGAACGGCCAGGCGCUGCGCAGGGAGCAGUUCCAGGACUGCUUCUCCUACGUCCUGCAGAGCGACACGCUGCUGAGCAACCUGACGGUCCGCGAGACGCUGCUCUACACAGCGCUGCUGGCCAUCCGUGGCAGCUCCCCAAACGUCAUCCAGAAGAAGGUGGAGGCAGUCAUGGCAGAGCUGAGUCUGAACCACGUUGCAGAUCGACUGAUUGGCAACUACAACUUUGGGGGUAUCUCCAGCGGUGAGAGGCGCCGGGUCUCCAUUGCAGCACAGCUCCUCCAGGAUCCCAAGGUCAUGCUAUUUGAUGAGCCAACCACAGGCCUAGACUGCAUGACUGCCAAUCAGAUUGUGGUCUUCCUAGUAGAACUGGCUCGCAGGGACCGCAUCGUGAUCCUCACCAUCCACCAACCCCGCUCUGAGCUCUUCCAGCUCUUUGACAAAAUCGCCAUUCUGAGCUGUGGAGAGUUGGUUUUCUGUGGGACACCCGUGGAAAUGCUCGAUUUCUUCAGUGGCUGCGGUUACCCUUGUCCUGAGCAUUCAAACCCUUUUGAUUUUUAUAUGGACCUGACAUCAGUGGAUACCCAGAGCAAAGAACGGGAAAUAGAAACCUACAGGAGAGUCCAGCUGAUUGAAUCUGCCUACAAAGAAUCGGCAAUUUAUCGCAAAACCUUGGAGGAUAUUGAAAGAACAAAACACCUGAAAACAUUACCAAUGAUCCCUUUCAAAACCAGAGAUUCUCCGGGAGUCCUUUCUAAACUGUGGGUUCUCUUGAGGAGAGUGAUGAAAAACUUAAUGAGAAAUAAGCUGGUGGUGACGAUGCGUCUCGUUCAGAAUCUGAUCAUGGGUUUGUUCAUCAUUUUCUUCCUGCUGCGGCUCCAGAACGAUGUGCUGAAGGGUGCCAUCCAGGACCGCGUGGGUCUCCUGUACCAGUUUGUGGGGGCCACUCCGUACACAGGCAUGCUGAACGCCGUGAACUUGUUUCCUGUGCUUCGAGCCAUCAGCGACCAGGAGAGCCAGGACGGCCUGUACCAGAAGUGGCAGAUGCUGCUGGCCUACAUGCUGCAUGUCCUCCCCUUCAGCGCCCUUGCCAUCAUGAUAUUCAGCAGCGUGUGCUACUGGACUCUGGCCUUAUACCCUGAGGCUGCCAGAUUUGGAUAUUUCUCUGCGGCUCUCUUGGCCCCCCACAUAAUUGGUGAAUUUCUAACUCUUUUGCUGCUUGGUGUCAUCCAAGACCCAAACGUGGUCAACAGUGUGGUGGCUCUGCUCAGCAUCGCUGGGGUGCUUGUGGGCUCCGGAUUUGUGAGAAACAUGGAAGAAAUGCCCAUCCCUUUUAAAAUCCUCAGCUAUUUUACAUUCCAAAAAUAUUGUUCUGAAAUUCUUGUGGUCAAUGAGUUCUAUGGACAGAAUUUCACUUGUGGCAGCUCAAAUGCUUCUGUGUCAACUAAUCCAAUGUGUGCCUUGAGUCAAGGAAUUCAGUUCAUUGAGAGAACCUGUCCAGGUGCAACAUCCAGAUUCACAACAAACUUUGUGAUUUUGUAUUCAUUUAUCCCAACUCUUGUCAUCCUGGGAAUAAUUGUUUUUAAAAUAAGGGAUCAUCUCAUCAGCAGAUAGUAAAG